CUUCAACCGCAUUUACGAGCAUUGACACAACUGCGCCUGCCCUUCCCUGCUCUCAUGCCCGUCCCCACUCACAAACGUCUUGCGUGCGCUCAAGCAGAGUCAGCCUGGCUCGACUUACGCGCCGGCAUCGAGAAGACUAAGCGCCUCAUCAAGGAUGCAAAAGCUCAGGGCGCGGACAUCCUAGUCUUGCCGGAGCUUUGGCUGCCUGGCUACCCUUGGUAUCUGUGGGUGCUCCCGUACGCAGCGACCGUGCCUUACACCCUUAAGUAUCAAGCAGCGGGGAUGAAGGUCGAUGGUCCGGAGAUGAAGGAACUGCAGCAGGCUGUAAAGGAAGCCGGCAUUGUACUGUCAGUUGGAUUUGCAGAGAAGCGAGGGGAGAGUCUCUGGAUGGCCAAUGCAAUCAUUGACGCGAAUGGCUCACUGGCCGCCAUCAAACGCAAGUGGAAGCCUACCGGUGUCGAGCGAGUCAUCUUUGGAGAUGCGUCGGGAGACGUAUUCAACACAGUAGCUCCGACAGCCGUAGGUCAGGUCGGUGCCCUGAUGUGCUGGGAACAUCUCAUCAAUCCCCUCAAGAUGCACUGCUAUCAACAGCACGAGACCGUCCACGCAGGCUCAUGGCCACCCAUUUUCCCUCAUGGCGGUAUGGAACACUAUGGUAUGAGCUACCAAGGCAUCAGGUCCAUUUCGGCUACUUAUGCCAUGGAAGGGGGCGCUUUCGUAGCCAUGUCUACUGGCAUGGUCUCUGAGGCAGGUGCCCGUCAAAUUGGCCUUGACUAUGCCGUCAGUGGCGAGCCUUUGCCCGCCGGCGCAUUCCAUACAAUCCCAGGAGGAGGCUACGCCACCAUCUUUGGACCCGACGGGCGACAGCUGACUGCCGACUUACCGCCAUCGCAGGAAGGCUUCGUCUGGGCGGAUCUGGACCCAACUUUGAUCAAGCUUGCUAAGCAGCUUGUCUGCCCUGCCGGCCACUAUGCCCGUCCCGAUCUAGCACAAUUGAUUAUCAAUAGUGAGGCGAAAGAGGUGGUGACCGGCGCGCGGAGUGUACUUGGCACAGACGGCGGGCCCACUGCUGGAUUGAAAGGACAAGGGCAGCUGGUUGAUGACUCAGAGGAAAAUGAUUGAGGCUUACGUCGCCCCACGCCUGAUGUUUUUGGGAUCUGUCAUGUUAUACAUUAUUCGUUGCGCUCGUGCCCGGCAGCAAAUCGGAAGAUCGUCCGUCUUCUGGUGGCACGUCCUCGUAUCCGAUAGAUAUCGGACAGCGUCCGUUCCUAGCUGCGCGGACAUAGCCCUUGCUGACACGAUGGGCAGGCAAGUGGGCAGGCGAGUGGGCAGACGAGUGAGCAGCAGAACAACAAUGUCAACACCCUGACCUCUUAUAGCUGAGGUAGUGGUGGAGCAGGUGGGCCACAAGAUCAACGUGCAGCGAUGACGUACUGUAUUGUACCCUUUCGGUUCGCAAUCGUCUUUGCGCAGUGCACGCGGC